AUGCUAUAUGCCUCCAUUUUGGAAUUUCUUGUACAAGCCGGGCUAUACUUUGAGCAGAAGACAAGCACGAGAAUCGUCAAAAGCAUUUUCCAGCUUGAAGAGGUAACGACAAAGUAUGUAGCAGACAUCAAAGGUAAAUCAAAUGAGGUGGAGGGGUAUGUACGGCUCAUCGUGGGUGAGAGUAUCGGCCAGACGGAAAGCAAGCUUGGUUUGAUUGAAGGAAAUUUGGCGAAGUUAGACUUAACAUUGCAAACACAUAACGCCGCCGACCUCCAAUCGAACAGAGCUGCCGACGAGAGACAUCGGGGCUUACAGAAGAUUUGGGAGGAAUUGCAUGAACCCAUCACGCGAAUCGCAAACCAACUUUCUUCGAGGGACGACAGCUUGAAAGAAACAGAUCGAUUAGCGAUUUUCGAUUGGUUGUCCCAGGUGCCUUCAGUCACCACCGCAGCAAAGUAAAGCUUCUCCUCCCCGGAUCUGGAAAAUGGCUACUUCGAAAACCGGAGUUCGUCAAUUGGUUGAAUGCCAGUGCCUCUUCCAUUCUAUGGCUGCAUGGAAUUCCAGGCUCUGGAAAAAGCAUGCUUGUUGCACGAGUAAUCGAGUACCUGAAACUCCGUACCUCAGCAGACCCCGACAACACUUCCCUGGCAUACUUCUAUUGUACACGCAACGCCAAUGAACCUGAGAGAGCAGCCCCGGUUGAGAUUCUUUGAAGUAUUGUAGAGCAACUCUCGUGUUCUGCAGCAGAUUUGCCAGUCAGACUCUGUGUUGUAGACUUGUACAUGGAACGGAAAAAGGAGGCCAAAGGUCGUAGACCGGAGAAGCUCGAACUUGAGGAUUGUGUCCAGAUCAUACUCAAUCUUCUUGAGGACAACCCGGCAACGAUAAUCUUGGACGGCCUAGACGAAUGUGAUCCAACUCUCCGACAAGACCUCCUAGAUGCUCUACGUACAAUCAUCCAAAAGGCAAGCAAUGUGGUCAAAGCCUUUGUGAGUAGCAGAGAUGACCAUGACUUGGUUCAUCGGUUAUCACAGACGCCAAAUCUGUAUAUACGGGCGUCGGACAACAAAGAAGACAUUACAAAUUUCGUGGUAUCAGGCGUGGACGAGGCAAUUCGGAAAGAGAAAAUUUUAUGUGGAAACGUUCCGAGCAGUCUAAGGGAGACAAUUGUCAGCACACUGGUGUCUCAAUCAAAUGGGAUGUUUCGACUGGUCAGUCUACAUAUUGACAGCCUCUGCAACCCAGACUGGAUCAAGACAAGAGCAAAUGUUCUAGAAUCAUUGAAGCACUUGCCUGUGGACUUGAAACGCUCACACGAUACUAUCCUUGAACGUGUCCAGCAAUCUCAAGCUCCGAACCCAAUGAUAGCAGAGCGAACUUUAAAGUGGUUAUUGUGCUCAAGAGAACAACUCGGAUCUGACAGCUUUCUUAUAGCCGUUCAGUCGGUAUUUGACGACGACAGUAUUCUGGGGAUAUCAGAUAUAUUGAGCAUUUGUUGCAACCUGGUGGUUUAUGAUUCUGAGACCGAUCAAUUUCGAUUUGUUCACUUAUCGGUACGAGAACACCUCGAGGGAAGCGAAAGCUAUUCCACAACUGCCUCAAACGCGCUGGCUGCGGGAAGGUGUCUGUCAUGGUUGCUCACAGCUGGACAGGUUGUGGGGGAUAAGUGCCUCAUUUGGGAGAACACGAAAGAUUCUGCCUCCAGCCAUUUUUCUGUGUCAAACACAUCGCAGUUUUGGCAACACGCGGAUACUUACUGGCCGGAAUACGCACGCCUUGCCGGACAGCUGAGAAAGGAGGGUCAUCUUAAAAUGCUUCUGCGACAAUUUCUCCUUCACGAUUCUCGAGAUUCGCAGCGUGAUCGUCUUAUAUUCGGUGCUUGGGUCACUCGAACAUCCCAAAAGUAUUGGAAAAGCUAUCAUUACAGCCGGUCGUCCCCCGCCCUCUUACUCCAUAGGAGAUAUUACUUUAGUAGCCUGCGUGUGGAUCCUGCUAGUGAUCCGCUAAUUGUGGCUUGCACUUUCGACUUCUCUGAAAUCGUCUCUGAGCUGAUCAGCACCAAACCGUGGUCGCUGGUUGGCGGACACGCUGCGGUGGUAUACCACAGUCAUGACAGUCUUAAAGUUAUCCUUCAGUCGGUUGGGCAGCAAGGGUUCGAAGCCCGGCACCUCACCAAAUUAGUCGUCCAGGCCGCGUCUUUAGGCAACGAGAAACAUCUCGAAUUCAUCAUGUCCAAAAUGGAAGAUGGGGUUUUCACAUCCGAUGAUCUCUACGAAGUGAUCAAGGAAGUUUCUUUCGAACGCCUCCCGCUGGAAGAGACAUCUCUCGAAAUCCUCUUCAGGAAUAACCCCAACCUCCAGAUCACAGAAGACAUCCCCAAACUCGCAUUCGAAAGCUUCAACUACUGGCACGAACGCAAAACAGCACAGUCCACCGUCCACAAACUCCUCCAAAUCCCCACGCUAGACAUGGGACAAGUCCUGCAGAUUUCCAAAAUGACACGCGAGACCAUGGAUAACGACCUUCUGAGUAAAGAACGAGGAGAGUACUAUCUCCAUCUUCUAUUGAAGAGGAAUGCGAGGCUGACCGAGGGCGCCGUGAGAGUCCUUCUGGAAUCUUGUCAUGUGGAUAUGGUGGGUUUGGUGUUGAAGUAUCAGAGUAUCGAUGUCGUGGAUUGGGUUAUUGCGGCUGCGGCAAGGAACAUCAAGGAUGGGGAGGGGAUUAUGGAGAUGUUGUUGGAGAGAGAGUUGGAGACUCAGGAGUUGACAUUGGCUACGAUUGAUACGUGA